AUGAUGGGACAAAACGUACUCAUUGAAGAAAAUGCAGAAGACUUUGAUGGACCCUCUACUUCUGGGCAAGGAAUGUGUACUGAAAUACAAGGACAUGUGGAAGCAGAAGAAGAGAUAUCAGAUGGUAUCAGUAAAUCUGUCCAUCGAGUUUUUGCUUCCAUGAUGGGAGAGAAUGAUGAUGAUGAAGAAGAAGAGGAGGAAGAUGAGGAGAUCUCUGAGCAACCUACAGCUGGAGAUGUUUUUGCACUAGAGAUGGUGCUUAAUAGAGAGACUAAGAAAAUGAUGAAGGAAAAACGUCCACGCAGUAAAUUGCCUCGUGCCCUGAGAGGCCUCAUGGGUGAAGCUAACAUUAGAUUUGCUCGAGGGGAACAUGAAGAAGCCAUUCUAAUGUGCAUGGAGAUCAUAAGACAAGCUCCACUUGCUUAUGAGCCGUUCUCCACUCUUGCUAUGAUUUAUGAAGACCAAGGAGAUAUGGAAAAAUCCUUGCAGUUUGAACUGAUUGCUGCUCACUUAAAUCCCAGUGACACAGAGGAGUGGGUCAGGCUAGCUGAAAUGUCACUUGAGCAAGACAAUAUUAAACAGGCUGUCUUUUGCUAUUCGAAAGCACUGAAGUAUGAUGCUACUAACGUGCGUUAUUUGUGGGAGAGAUCAAAUCUCUACAAACAGUUAGGGGAGCACAAACUGGCAAUGGAUGGCUACAGACGCAUUUUAAAUCUUCUGACUCCUUUUGAUGGUGAACGAUUUAUGCUUUUGGCAAGAGAUAUGGCCAACUUCAGAAAAAAUUACAUGCUCUAUACCUGAUGGUGUUCCCAUUGAUAUCACUGUGAAACUCAUGGUGUGUUUGAUUCACCUGAAUAUCUUGGAGCCUCUCAAUUUCCUUUUGACUAUCUUAGUGGAGCAGAAUCCUGAGGAUAUGGGAGAUUUGUAUCUUGAUGUUGCAGAAGCAUUUCUUGAUGUUGGAGAAUACGAUUCGGCCCUCCCCCUCCUGAGUUCCCUGGUGUGCUCUGAAAGAUACAAUUUAGCUGUUGUUUGGCUCCGACAUGCAGGUAACUGCUUCCUCCUAGUAUGUGAUAAGUUAUUUUCUGGCUCAUUAACACGUGUUGCAUUUCAUAAUUUAAAGUUGCAGUUGAGUGGGCACUUUGCUGGGAACUACCCCAAGGGGACAUCGAAUGGGACUCUAUUCGUGAGUUUUCAAAGGGAUGUUAGAUUUUCUUGGCACUAAAUUUUCAUAUGCAUUUUUGUUCAUAUGUUGUACAUUUGCAUAUUAUUUAUGACUUGAUUAUGGACAAGAUUUUUAGAUGUAUGCAUCAAUCAAUUUUGAAAGACCAUUUAUUUAAAACAUAAUAUUGGAGAAUAGCUGCAAUGUUUUAACAAAAUAUUAUUCCUAAGUGCACUAAAAUACACACACCCCAAACUAAAUGUUAGUUAAAACUAGAGAAUAAAUGUGUCCCAUGUACUUCCCUCUGCUUUCCCCUAGCAAAAUAGCCUUGUUAAAAACUUCUAUCUGCCUGUUCUGUAAAUUGUUGUCCAUGAUAUCAAAAAAGCCUGAUAUCAACUCUCUGUGUUGGCAUUCCAUGCAGAGCAUCAGCGGAGCCAGAUCUCAGAUUACAGUAGCUGGGUUGAGAUGAAUAAAGCUAUCAGAUAAUGUGAUUUAUUGACAAAGACUGAAAGGAGGGAAGAAACACAGGCAAAGUUUAAAAGCAGAUAAAGAAAGCAAAAAAGAUGGCUGUGAAUACACUGCUUUUUGUAUUACAAUAUCGGGUGGCUUAUUAUGAAGUUGCUUUCAUUAAGAGCACAUCAGCCCAGCCAUAAUAGUUGUAUUUACAAUUUGACUGAAUGGGGCAUUACAGUAGCAUGUUAUGUAGCCCUUAAUUACUUAAUAAAAUGAUCACAAUUGGCUUCUCAGCAAUAUGUGCCCUUAAAAGCUCUGACUUAACCCUGAAAGUCCGACAUCUUAAAUUCUAUUAUCUGUUGGCUUGAUUUUUGGUCUGUUAACUAUUUCUUGAACAAAAUAAUUGAAGUAUGUCUGUCUGUUAUUAUAUGUAAUUAGUAAUUAAUGUACCUGAUUAUUGAAUUAAGUUCAAAUUAAUGUCUAAAAACAAGCUGCCCAGGUUCAGAUUUUUUCAGGUUCAUAAAUCUAGCAGGUGAUGGUAGUCAUUCUUUCUAUUUAUUAGUAUAUAAUAAUGCUAACUUAUUUUACAAAAUAGUGGAAGACAUACUGAGGUCCAUAAAGUGCUUAGAACCUAUAACUUUUUGAUUGCUGCUGUGUCAUAUUAACGAACAUCACUUGUUCUCUUUAAGUAAUGUGCAUGAAGCUGUAUCAGCGAACUGCUGUUCCUUAAUGAUAAUGUUUUGGAGUCUCAUCAUUCUUCUGUAUGGUAUUUUUUAAUAAACAAGAUCGAUGGGCAUAGCUCCCCCACCCCUGCUACCUACCUAUACUCAUGUUUCUUAAUUAUUACAAUCCCUAACUCCCACUAACAUCUUCCCUAUGGUGCCCAUGUUUUGUCUGGCUCCCUUCUUCUAAGAUAAGAGAGAGGCAUUCAGUAGCAGUGUCCAUGUGUAGAAUCAUAGGUGUUAAUUAUAUUUGUGACCACUUUAACUGUGGAAACUGAAAGUUAUAGACGGGAUUUAAAGAAAUUCUUGUAUGACAAAUUAAAUUAAAAAUUCUGUGCUACCUCUUCAGAACACAAACUAUUUUGUACAUGCUUCAAGGUGCUAGUCGUUACUUUUAAAGCCCUACAUGGUAUUGGACCUAG